CGCAAACGCGAUCUGUCUUUGUCACCUGUGUUGGUCAGCUUUUAUUCUCCUCCUCUUCUGUGGUCAGCUUUUUAAAACUUGACAUUUGACAUUAAACUUCCUUGAUAACCUCAUAUUUGGUCAAAAAAUAAAUAAUUUUCAUGAAGUGAUCUCAAACAUUAGACGGGUAUCCGUACUUAAAUCAAAAACAUUAAGUAGAAUAUAUUAAUAUAAAAUUUAAAUCAGUAACUUCAAGAUUGGCGACGUACCUAAAAGGUACAAUCACCGAAAAUUUAGAAAUGGAUGUUUUUAACAAAUAUCUUUCACAAGUAAGCAGUUCUGUUAGCCAAACAGUUUCCCAAUUAUCGGGUGUUUUACCCGGAAAUCCUGUAACCAGAGAGUACGAAUCUUCCGCUCACAUCGCUUCAGCAGGUCCUGGAUUAUUGUGGAAAAUAUACAAGGGUAUCAAGCGAAGUACUAAGCAAGAUGCGUCGAUUUUUGUGUUUGAAAAGCGUCAGCUAGACAAAUGGAAUAAGACAGAUAGGGAAUUGAUUUUAGAGACUUUAAGGUAUGGUGUACAACAACUGACCAAAAUACGGCAUCCACAAGUAUUAACAGUUCAACAUCCCAUGGAAGAAAGUAGAGAAAGCAUCGCCUUUGCUACUGAGCCCGUGUUUGCUAGUUUGGCUAAUGUGUUGGGUGAAACAGUCAACAUGCCGCAACCAGCUAAUAUGUCAGAUUAUAAACUCUACGAUAUAGAAAUAAAAUAUGGAUUGUUACAAAUAUCAGAAGGUCUAGCUUUUUUACAUAAUGAUGUGAAGCUUUUGCACAGGAAUAUUUGUCCAGAAAGUAUAGUAAUAAAUUCUUGCGGGAUAUGGAAGAUUUUUGGUUUGGAUUUCUGUGUGCACAAUAUCAGUCCAGCCAACCAGCCAGCAAAAUAUCCAUUCUAUGAAUAUUCUCCUACUGUACCAUAUAUAUCUCAACCAAAAUUAAAUUAUUUAGCACCAGAAUGUUUUCAAAGUCUGAAUCAUUCAACAGCUAGUGACAUGUUCUCCUUUGGAAUGUUGAUCUACACUGUUUAUUCUAUAGAAAAACAAUGUCUAUUUCCCUUGAGAGAUUUUAAUGAACAUAAGUCAAGGGUACAGCAGCUGAAGAACUUGAGUACAAGCUUAACUAGAAAUACUAAACUCCUUAAUAUUCCAGAAGGAUUGAAAGAAUCUGUUAUGCUGCUUCUUAAUGUCACUCCAGAAAUUCGACCAGAUGCGCAUCAAUUUGUUAAAAUUCCCUAUUUUGAUGAUGUUGGUAUCAAGACUCUCACUCAUUUAGAUUCUCUGUUACAAUGGGACAAUCUGCAAAAGUCUCAGUUUUACAAAGGUCUUCCCGAAGCCUUAUCAAAAUUGCCGCACAGGGUACAGCUGCAGAGGGUGCUGGCUUGCUUGGUUCGUGACUUAGGCCAACCCAGCAUGGUUCCCUUUAUCCUGCCAAGUAUCUUUGACAUAGCACGAGAUUGUACCAAAGAGGAAUAUGUAAUCUACAUUUUGCCACAACUGAAACCUCUAAUGAAACUGAUAGAGCCAAUCCAGGUCUUGUUAAUAAUGCUCCAAAGAAUGGAACUGCUCUUAAAUCUAACCCCAGCCGAGGAUAUACAGCAACAUGUGUUACCAAUGCUGUACAGAGGAUUAGAUGCAGACUCACCCCAAAUUCACGAAUUGUGCCUGUCUGUGUUGCCUACCUUUGCAGGGCUCCUGGACCACGCCAACGUUAAGAACAGCCUCCUGCCUCGCAUAAAGAAGCUGUGCCUCAGCACCUCCACAUUAAGUGUCAGAGUCAAUUGUUUGUUGUGCGUGGGUAAGCUGUUGGAGCACUUGGAUAAGUGGCUUGUUCUGGACGAAGUGCUUCCCUUUCUGCCGCAAAUACCUUCCCGCGAGCCCGCGGUGCUCAUGGGCAUUCUAGGGAUCUACAAGAUAGCGCUCAACCACAAGAAGCUGGGCAUCAGUAAGGAAAUUAUCGCGACGAGGAUAUUGCCGUUCCUCAUUCCUCUGUGCAUCGAGAAUGGAUUAACCUUGCCGCAAUUUGGAGCCAUAACCGCCCUAAUAAAAGACAUGUUUCAGCUGGUGGAGACAGAACAUCGCACCAAAUUGGAACAGCUGAAUUCCGUCAAGGACGAACAGAAGAUGCUCACUUCUGCAAUGCCUAGCAUACCUUCUACCAUCAAGCCUGCAAAUCUUGCUGAUGCUUUCUCUGGGCUGGGUCUAGAAGACUUUUCGGCAGGUUCCUCAAACGCGACCGCUUUUAGUCUGGAGCAGAAGCAAUCUCUGGCCCGUCAGCAGGAGGCCAUGAAAGUGUUUCAGCACCAAACUAGAAUAGAACCAAAAAAGGUCGUGAAUAUCCCUAAAGCACAAACUAAAGAUCUAACUGGCAGUUUAUCACAGGAUUAUUCUCUGCUUGAGAGAACCGACGAAAAUCAAUUAAAAAUUUCCACGAAUAAUAACAAUAUCAAUCAAAGACAAGAUCGUGCCUCAGUUAAUAGUUUCACCACCGAUGCAGGUUUUGGACAGAACUUGAAUCAGUUAAAUUACAGGCCCUUGGGACAAAGUUCAACAUUUCACAGCAUGAAUCAGAAUAUUAAUCCCUGGAGCUCUAGACAGCCUCAGAACUUCAACAAACCCUCUAAUAAUACAGCUCAAAGUUGGUCUGCCUUGGAUAAUCUGUUGCCUCCCGAUUUCAACAGUAGUCAAAAAGGUUUUACUGGUCAGGCUCCCUUGUUACCACAAAACUCCGCUAAUGGUAAUCAGCUGAGUCAAAGUGACUUAUUAGAUUUUCUCAAUUAAAGUGAACUUGUAUAUUUAACUAGCUUUUUAUUGUGCAAUAUUUUUUAUGUUAAUUUAUUUCUCUCAUUUUACAUUCCAUAACCGUAUAAAAAAUUAGUCAGUAAAACAAGUAUUAUGGUUGAUAAAGUUUUAUUGGUUCUAAUAAAUAUACACAAAAAAA